UUCAAUUUCUACUACAAAGUGAGUGAUACAUUUAUAGAAAAUUGGAUCACAAAGAUGUCAAACUCAAUUGAAGUGUUUAAUUGUGGAUACUUUGUUGUUGGAAUUUGCUUUGAACAAAGUGCCCUUGUUUUGGAAAUGUUUUGGUAUGUGAUUGAUACAGGGCCAGAGUCAUUUAUAGUUCAAUUCAACCCCUUUUAUGGUCUGGUACUCUAGUGUGAAUGACAUGAUGGGUGAUUACUGCAGGGAUUUAAUAAGCACCAAAUGAGCAAGCUGAAGCAGAGUGAGUUCUCAACUGAAGAGAGGGAGAGAGAGAUCACUCAGGUUGUCCAGUCAGUAAAUGAGCUUGCUCAAAUGAUGAAAGACCUCUCGGCCCUUGUGAUAGACCAGGGCACUAUUGUUGACCGAAUAGACUACAAUAUCCAAAAUGUUGCUACAUCAGUUGAGGAGGGCUUCAAACAGCUCCAGAAGGCUGAGCGAUCACAGAAGGGAGGGAUGUUGAAGUGUGCGACAGUGCUAGUUAUUUUAUGCUUCAUCAUGAUAGUCCUUUUGAUCCUCAAAGGGGUUAUUCUUAUGAUCAUAUUAGGGUACCGCACUGACAGUAGCUUAGCAUCCUAGUUUCACAUGAUUCAUCAUGUAUAAAUGAUGGUCCCGAGUAAGAUCCUAAUAAAAACCGCAAUGUUAACACUCCCACAUAUGAUCCUGAUGAUGAUCAUAAACUGCGCUGUAAAUAGUUUGGUAUUUCACUGUUUUGACAUUGAAAAUUUGCAGUAAAACAGGUUCUAGAAUUUGGAUUGUCAAGUUUCUUUUGACAUUUGUAA